GCUUCUGAAGGUAUCCUGAUGUGUUUCCUGCUCUCAAAUUUCCAACUUGAACUCUGAAAAAGGCUAAUAGACAAAUUGAAAGGAAGAGAGACGAGUAUGGUGUAUAUUAUACAGUAGAUAUGCAGUAAUUCGAAUCGUAUGAUCUGCAGAGUUAAUUUAUAGAGUGAAAGCGUGUCAGGACAUCUGGAGUUCAUUACAACUAAAAACACAGCUUGUGAAGACCUGCCUUUUCAGCAUCUUCCUUCGAAUACAGUUCCAGGAUUUGAAUAACAAACAACCAGUUGCUUCUGGACUCCACCUGGCUCCAUUUUACCAGACUGACAUUAGAUAGAAAGGGAGUUCUCUCAGUGUUAUUGUAAAACGCAUACUAAUCAGACAGAAAGAGAUCAAAGAUGAAAAUGCACAUCGUGCUUUUGCCUUUGGUAACCGUGUUUCUUUUGCUUGGAACGGGACGAGCUCAAAGGACAACUCCUGAUUUUAUCAUGGAAUAUUUUCAGAGACAGCUUCAGCAGCUGGAGGGACGACUGAUCAAAUGCGAGCAGGACUUCCAGCACUUCAGUCAAAGGAUGUAUGACAUGUCCAAAGAGAUACACGGUGAAACAAGCAAGAUGAAUGCGCUGAAAUCCGAGGUCAAAGGUCACGUUGACACCUUUGCUAUGCGUUUGGACCGAGUGGAGAGAGAUGUGGAAUACCUGCACAACAAGAUCCCUGACACCGUUCAGAUUGACAUUGAAGACUCGCUGAUCGAACACCAGGUCAAAGAAGCCAAACUAAAAAAGAAAUCUGUAAUCCCUAAAGGCAAAGACUGCAGUUCAGAAGUUGUGGGUAUCAAGUCUCUAAAAAUUGUAAAGAAAGCAGGCGAUGCCAACGGAUCCUGGAUGAAGGAUCCAACGAAGGGUUCUGCUAAGAUUUAUUUCUUCAGUGGAACCCGAAACAGUACAGUAUUAGCAUAUCCCUCUCUGAAGACCUUCACCGAACCAAACUCCACCAAAAAAACUGAAGUUAUCCGUCUUCCUUUUCCCUGGCACGGAACCGGCCAUGUGGUCUACAACGGCUUCGUGUUCUACCACAGCGCAGACACCAACAACGAGAUCCUGAAGGUCCACCUCAGCAACCGUACGGUGACCGAUCGGCUGCUGCUUCCUGGAGCCGGUCGGAUGCCGACCUAUUCCCUCAAUCCUCACACUAUGCUGGAUCUCGCCGUUGAUGAAAUGGGGCUCUGGUCGAUCCAUGCGGACCCGGACUUUGGCGGCAAUUUGGUGAUCACCAAACUGGACCACAGUAGUCUGGCAGUGGAGCACACAUGGGAUACCAGCUGCAAUAGCCGUGACGCGGAAGCAGCUUUCAUAAUCUGUGGGACCUUAUAUGUGGUCUACAAUGCCCACUAUGGUGGAAGGUCCAGCAUCCAAUGCUUGUUUGAUGUUCAUGACACCAUCUACACCGAGAGCAUCCCUAUGCUUUUCUUCCCGAAACGUUACACCAGCCACUCCGCUUUGAGUUUCCACCCGAAGGAUAAGCAGCUGUAUGCUUGGGAUGAUGGUUAUCAGACCAUCUAUAAGUUAGAAAUCAAGAAGAUAUAGAAUAGGUCGGGUCUACAUAGUAGUUACAUUGAAUAGUGCUUCAUACUUCUUGCCAAUCACUUAUAAUCUGCUUGUAAUUUAAUGGAAGGCACUUUGUAGUUGUGCCAGACAGUCAUUUCCUGAAAAACAAAGGACUUCUAGGCCUCCUCGGUCCAGUCAGAGAACCGCAUCAUAUGGGCACUCUUUCUAUGAUUUGAGACAGUGAAAAAUGUUUGUCCAACAGCAGUAGGCCUACUCUGUCAAUAAAGGAAUAGCCGAACUGCAGUGCAUAUGUCCCUUAAAGGAAAUAUUGUACAUGACAUAUUUGCCUUUCACAUUUACAGUAUUUCUGAAGUGGAGGGGGAUUGUAGCUUGAAAUAAAAUGUUAUACCA